GCGACUUUCUUGCGGGACUGUUUGAGCUGGUUGCGACUGCGCGCUAAAAACGUUCGCCAAAAACGUUCGGAAUUGCUGACUGUGUGUGUUGAUUUUCUCGAUUCGCUGGCGAAUCGCGUGAGCGUUUUUUUCGUUGUCGCGUGCGCGCGUUUCCAGUGCGUUUUGCGUGCGAUUUUCGUCGCUAUUCGUGGCCUGGCCAAUGAACUGCGCGGAUAUUGAAAUGAAAAUGCUUUUUUCGGUUGGGGGGCGAAUGAAAUCGAAAAUCCCGCCUGCAGCUGCCGCUCAAACUUAAUCUGUUACUGUGCGGCUACCUACAAAAAAUAGUGCUCGUAAAAAGUCUGGCCAACAGUAAAAAGCCAUUCAGUGCGGCCAUAAAACCAAAUCAAAACAUAUGUGCCCUAAGCCAAGACAAGACUAGCAUACAUAUAAAAUAAUAUUAACAAAAGACCAAACUCGUUUCGAUCGGCGACAAAAAACAUACGAGCGUCUAAAUAAAAAAGGCAAAUUAAAUUAAAUUCAUUUUUAAUUACUCGCUGGCCAAAAGAUCACAUAAAGAGCGUGCAAUAAAAUAUUUGUAUCAGUAAAUUAAUUAUAUUGUAUAUAGAAAAACAUGUUGCAAUAAAGCGGUCUUUUAAUGACUCACAAAUAAAGAAACAGAGGCUCUAACUUGGUCCCCGACUCAGAUUCAGCUCAAUCUUCGCGUCGAGCUGAAAAACAAAAGACUUAGGCAACGAACUUGCUGCCAUUUUGUGGUGUCAUUUGUUUGCCGCAGAUAACGGCGCUUCGGGCGCCUCCGAAUUGCUUGGUGAUAGCAGCCGUAACAAACUAAUUGACAAUUCAAAUCCUGCCGGACCGCAACUAAAAAACAGCAAAGUAAAAAAAACAAAAACAAAUAUAAAAAAAACAAAAAAGAAACAAUUGUUAAACAACGUUUCGCCUGCCACUCGGACUGUCGGCUUGUCGGUUUGUGGACCUGGUCGGCAGCCUCACUUCAAUCAAAUCACUGUGCUACCCCAACGACAAUUGCCAAGUGUGCCGCUUAAUGUCUUCAAAUGCAUUUCACCAACACAGCCUGGCCGCUGCUGCUGCACAACAACGAAAAAAUAAGCUGAAAUAAAUUUACAUAAAUAUUUCACUUGCCAGUUUUUGCUGCCAACCACAUCCGCGUUUCAUAGAUUGAGCCUGACCAAGUAUCCGAGUAUUCGAGUAUUAGAGUAGCCUGUGUGUGUCUGUGUGGUAUCGCGUGUGUAUUUGUUGCCUUACUUCGGCGGAAUCGCAAGGAGAUUCUGGGGGAGAUUCCGAGCACAGAGCUGUCAAAAGCGUAUUUGCCCUGCCGCAGUGCACUCUACACUAGCUGGCAUUUCCUGCGCGCACAUUCUUCCUGCUCCGCCGGGGCGGCCAAACUUGUACCCUAAUCGGUCUUAACCAGUACCUGGUUUUUAAAGGCGCUACUCUGGCGCUUCAGGCUCAGCAAAUGAUCGGCACCGAGGAUAUGUCCGCAGCGGCUGGCAUGGACAUCAGCGAGUCCUUUCGUGCCGAGGAUCUCUCGAAGGCGGACUUCUUCGACUUUGUCACUGGUCCCGACAUGGGAAUCGGCAUCGGAGUGGGUGUGGGUGUGGAGGCCCUGGGCGUCAGUCUGCACCAGCAGCAGCAGCACCACCAGAACCACCAGCAGUCGUCGCACAGUCACAACAGCCACAGCAGUCACAGCGGCAGCAGCCACGUGGUGCAAGUGGUGCACCAGCCCAUUACUUCGCAGUCCCAGCAGCAGAGCCUCUGCGGUGGUGCGAGAACCAACAGCAGCAUGAUCCACGACGGCGGGGGCGGUGGUGCUGGCGGCGGGGGCGUGGUGGUGCCCGUGGGCAACCGCAAUGGCUCCAGCAGCGGCGGCGAUCCCACGUUACAGGGCUAUGAGUUCUGGCACCAGGACAAGGACGGCAGCCGCCUCGACUCCAACUCGAUUUUCGAGGACCUCGAUCGCUACUGCUGGCAACAGCAGCCGGUCACAGCCAGCGCCAGUAAUGGUGGAUCCACCAGCACCAACCAGCCCAGUCCCACCUCGCCGCAGACCCAUCUGCAACAGCAGCAGCAACAUCAGCAGCAGCAACACCAGCAACAUCAGCAGCAGCAACAUCAGCAGUUGCAACAGCAACAUCAACCGAAUGCGAGCAGCUCCUCGGCUGUUUCGAGUGGGGCGGGAAGCAGCAGCGACACGAUCAGCAGCCUGGACACCACCGACGGCCAGAUCUACACCCUGACAGUAUUAAACGGAGGCGAGCCCUGGCUGAAGCGCUCGGAAGCGGAGCAGCUGCCCACCUCGCUGGAUCUGGACAGUCUGCUUGGCAGUUUUCCGGGCUACAUCAAGUCGGAGUAUCCGUACGACGACAGUGGCUUCAGUACGGAUGGCAAGGACGUGAUCGGCAAUGGCACGGAUGGUCUCAGCAGUAUUUCCCAGGCCCAGAACCAGGGACAGCAGGCGCAGCAGACGCUGCCCUCGCUGGUCACGGCCAUCUCCCUGGCGGGUGGCAAUGACCUGGGCCAGCAGUUGGCCCAGUUCCAGAACAACAACAACGACUGGCACAUGGCGGACCACAAUGCGGAAACGGAGCAGAGUACGGCGGAGUCGUUGCUGCGGAGUGCCCUUCAGGGCAAGGGCUACACCAAGGGUUUGCACAUGCAGAACGGACUGACCAUGCCGGUGGUCAAGGAUGAGGACAUGCGGCGGCUACUCUUUGCAGAUGAGGCUGCUGCUCUGGGUUUUGCAGACUCCACUUUGAGUGCCGCCCAGAUGUUUGACGAGCCGCAGGGCAUUCACCUCAGCUCCCAACAGCAGCAGCAACAGCAACAGCAGCAGCAACAUAAUGGCAAUGCCAACAUACUGGUGGAUGACAUGUUCCUUUCGCUUGAGAAUGCCUUCAGCGAUGAUUUCGAGAAGAUCAAGCGCAUAGCCAACGAGGUGCAGCAGUUUUGCAGUGCCGGUUCCGCCGGGACCCCCACUCCCGGAGACUAUGGACCAGCCGGCGAUGUACUCAUGCAAAUCUCACCCAGUCCGACGGUCACGUCGGCGGGACAACUGCAGCCACCGCAGCCACUGAAGCCGGAGGUUAGUACCUCCACUUCGCCCCCAGCGCCGGUGGUCGUGUCCGCCGUGGCCAGCAGUCAUGUCCGAUCCGCAGGGGGCGGCGGGGUGACCAAGCCCAAGAAGGCCUACAAGCGCAGCAGCAGCAGCAACAACAACAAUCCCAAUUUGGCCAACAACAACCAGAGCAGUGGGGGAAAUCCCCUGAUCGCCGGCAGUGGGAGUGGCAGCUCCUCGUCGAGCGGCAGUGCCAGCAGCAGCAGCAACAGUCCACCGGCCAAUUCCGGAGGCAGUUCCUCCUCCUCCUCGGCGGGAAGUGCCCAGAGAAAGGAGCGCUCCCUGCACUACUGCUCCAUCUGCUCGAAGGGAUUCAAGGACAAGUACUCGGUGAAUGUGCACAUACGCACGCACACGGGUGAGAAACCCUUCGCCUGCUCACUUUGUGGCAAGAGUUUCCGGCAAAAGGCCCAUUUGGCCAAACACUACCAGACGCACAUGACCCAGAAGAACAAUGGAAACCUGAUCAAGGGUGGUUCGGGCAAGCACCCGCGAUCCAGUGGCUCCUCUGCGGGAACUGCCAGUGCUGCCUCCCUAAAUCAGCGACAACUAAGUGGAGGAGUGGUGCCGCCUUCACUGCCCGUCAUGAUCAGCAAUCCCAAUACACCACCUGGAGGAGUACUGCCACCUGCCAAUGGAUUGCUCACCAAUCGGUAGUAGCCAGCCGUAGCGGGGAUUCACCCGGCUAAACUAUUUCUUGUUCCUUACUCAAAAAAUACGCACUCAAAACAGAAAACAGAAAAAAAAAACAAAAAACACAAAAUGAAAAUUAAAAGUAGAGAAACUAUAACUACUCUAAAUACCUUAAUACUCGUACUCCCAACUCGAAUUUACGUCAUUGAUGAAUUCCUAUUUCAGCUUUCUGUGCAAUUCCUAUAUGCCCAAACACACACAGACAGACCCACACUCGAAGCACUUCCAAAUACAAUACUCAACUAAAUGUACAUUUACUCGAAACAAAUUAAAUUUAAAUGUGCCAAAUUUUGAAGAUUUUUAUAACUAAAGUUAAACUAAAAUAAACAUAUAUGCUAGGCGUGUAGAAAUAGAAGUGUAACGAAGCUAUCGAAGCAAUUCCACGAGUGGUGAUAUCAAAAUGAGGCCAAACGCUUCCUUGCUAAAUGAUAUAAACAAUUUUUUUAAAGCCCCAACUAGAAUAUCUUUAAAAUCGUAUAUAGUAGAAGAUUGUUUUUAAUUAACACUGAUUUUUAUUCUGAGUCUCCUAAUCACCCGCAAUCCUUCAGAGUCUUAAACUUUGCGUGUUUCCUGUAAAUUGAAAGUAUUUGUUUUCUUAGUUGCUCUGCCCAAAUUAGCAUAAAUUUGUUUGCUAUUUUUAAUGUAUAUAGUAUAUACGCGUAAAUAAAGUUAGUUCUUGCAUACCUAAUAAUAAAGCCAACAAGGGGAAUGCCAAAUAUUCGAGGGAGGAACACUGACCUGAGGCGCUAAAUUCGAAACGCAUCCGCCGGAGCUCAUCCUAAAGCAAAUUCACGCUCCUUUCUCCUUCAAGGAUCUCUUUGAUCCCUUGGGCCGAGUGUUAGCCAACUUCGAAUGCAUUCAAGGGGGGGCACAAACAUUACUUUAUCAACAAUCAACUAUGUUUACACACCAUACGUUCAGCAACUCAACUUGCACUUGCCAUUAUUUUUGUAUUUGAUAAACACACGGCGCAUAACUAAGGCGAAUUCCCUAUGAUUAAAGAUAACACCACAUUCCCCCAACUAGUUGUAUGGCCUAAGCUAAGCUAUUUGAUAAAUCAGCCGUAGUUAGUGGUUAAUUAAACUGCCAAUUAUUUUGUGAUAGUUUUUAAUGGACAAUAGUUUAGAUUACGCAAAAAUAUCUUCAACGGUGUUUGGGUUAUGUAACGUUUUAACGAUUUGUUAUAAACUGUGUACACUUUGCAAUACGAGUAUUUUCUGCUAAUUUAUUGAACUUAAUAGUUUAUGUACAUAGAGAACGAUCCUUGUUUAUAUCCAAGCCUAGGCUAAGCCACACAUCGAAAUCUUAGUUGAAUCUUUGUUAGUUAUUAUUUAUGCACACACACACACACGCUCACACAAAGCAGCAAGAUAAAACACACACACACACAUCCAUCUGCGGUUAAGUUUUGCAUUAAUUUUUUUAGUAUUGGAAGCAUUAAAAAUAAAGAAAUCUAAAACGUUUUAUUGACAAUUAA